CCAGGGAAGCAGGAGAAUCAGAAACCUGUCUCUCUCUCUCUCCACUUUCCCUCUCUAUUUUCUCCGUUUCACACACACACACACACCAGAUAUAUAUACACAUAUAUAUAUAUAUACGCGCACACAUAUAGAUUCUCUCUCUCUCUCUCUAAAUUGUCUCCGUCUGCCGGUGGUUCGCCCAAGCACGAAACGUUCUGGGAGAAGCUUUUGAAGCGCUGAAAUUUAAGGAACAGGGAAGAGGGAUUAGGGUUUCAGCUGCUGUGAUUCACUGGCCAAAUGGAUUUUAUUCUUGCAGUGACUAUGAUGGGAUUAUUGGCGUGACUGACAGCUGGAGUAGUUUAUUGAUAUAAUUUUGUUUAUAUGAGCAAGCAUGGGGUCUGUCUGUUGUGUUGCUGCUAAGGAUAGAACGGUUACAAAUGGGUCUACCAGUGAAAUUAUGCACAGGAACAUUCGGCAUUCCCCAUCAUGGAGCUUUCGAUGGGAUAACCGGGUGCGAGUAGUGGGGGAGGAAACUUCUGUAAAUUGGAUUUCCGAUGGGGUCACCCGCAAUGAUCCACCAGAUGUUAAAUCUGGACCAACUAUUGAAACCACACAUGCAUCUGAAGAAGGUAGUCCAUUGGAUAGUUUUCGAUCACUUGUAUGGCAGAAGUCCCCGGUUUCUGAUGUAAAUAACGGGGUUACAAGGCUCACUACUUCUGGUCUACUGUUGAGAAAGUUCGAUGGAGACCUAGUGGAUGAGGAUCAAAGAGUCAGAAAUCUUGUGAAGGAUUUUAGGCGCAUCUUUCAAGGACGAGAUCCUUUAACCUGUACAAAUUCUACAGAUGUUAGGGAGUCAACUGCAUCUCCUGCAGUUUCUUGUCCAUCUCCCGUGAAGUUAUCUCCUUCAGCACCUUCAGUUUCCUCUCUGUCAACAUCACCUUUGUCAUCCCGAAGCCACCCGCUUCCUGCAAGCUCAACUCCAUCAAGAUGGCCUCGCCGUUCUCCUGGGCACCAACUCUUACGGCAAGUAUCUGACAGCCUUAUUCCAACAAUCAAGUCUCCAACUUUGUCAGUUUCUGAAGAAACAUCAUCUUUUGUGCUUCCUGGAUGGAGCCAUGAGUCAACUAGGGCUUCCCAUGGUGGGUCAUCAGACAGUUGGUCUACACCAACCUUCCCUGAUAUCAUGUCAACUUCCCGUAGAGAAAGGUGGUCUUUUGACAGUGAAACAUUGGGUUUUGUUCGUGACAAAAUAACCAGAUCUAGUGGUAGAAAUUCUGGUUAUUCCUUUGAUCUCCAAAGCUGUGGCAUUUGUGCGAAACUUUUGACUGAGAAAUCUUCAUGGGGCAGCCAGAAAAUUAUAGCAACUAAUGAGCUUGCAGUGGUUGCUGUUUUAAUUUGUGGGCACGUUUACCAUGCAGAGUGCUUGGAAAAUAUGACCCCUGAUGUUAACAAGUAUGAUCCAGCUUGUCCAAUCUGUACCUUUGGGGAGAAACAGGCACAGAAAAUGUCGGAGAAAGCUUUGAGAGCCGAAUUUGAGUUAAAGACUAGAAAGAGAUCUAGGAACAGGAUUGCUGAUAGUGACCUUAAUAGCGAUCUUGUUGCUUUUGAUCGUCAGAAAAGUAGUGGACGUGACGGAAGAGGUCCUAAGAUGAGUUCCAGUUCCAGCAUGAAGGACUCUUUGGCGAAGCCUUUCUUGAGGCGUCACUUUUCUUUUGGAUCUAAAGGGAGUAGAUCAAUGUCAGAGAAUCAUUCUUCCUGGAAGAGGGGAUUCUUCUGGGCAAAAUCGAGAAAGGAUUAAGUUCUGUCUAGAGUUACAAAGAUUCCACAGUUGUUCUUCAGAUGGGCUACGAAAUGCAUGCAGGGAGCAGGCAAUCAGCCAUAAAUUCAACCCUGUCAAGGAAGCUGGCAUUGUCUCGUGCAAAUGUAGGUUAGCUUUUGAAGAUACACUGUAAAGGGAAGACCAUACAGAUGGGGAAAUGAAUUCAUUAUAAUAUAGGAAAAAGGAAAGAUGAUAGGGGUCAGGGUGUACGUGCAUCAUGAAACUAGUUCUCUUUCAUUUUGUACGAUGGCUGUUUACUGUUUAAUUUCAUGAAAUUAGUUUGGAUAUAUGCGUAGCGUUUUACCAUCGCAUAUCUAAAUCGAUAUUCUAUGGGCCGAAUUACGCGUUGGAGA